AUGCCCACCAGGCCUCAAGGCAGGCGAGGGCCGGCCAGCGUGGGGUCGCGGGCCGCGCUGGGGCCCGGGGGGCGGCUCUCCAUCCCCUCCAGCGAGGUGGGGCUCCGCAGGGCGCGGGCCGAGGCGUCGUGGCUCCCUUGGAAAGCGCGAACUCUCACCCUGUGGCCGCGCCCCUGCGGAGAAGACAACUCCGGUCAGGUCCGGCGGUCGGGCGGGCCGCCGCGGAGGGCCACACUGGCCGGGGAAGGGGCGCAGCGGCGCCGGCAGGAACCCGGGGAGGGUCCUGGGACGCGACGGGAAGGCCUGCCCGGAGUGGGGUCGGAUAACUGUCUCGCUCUCGGGGUCCGCGGCCCACCCGGCUCACCGCCCCCACCCCAACCUCCCCGCCCGUCACGUGAGGGCAAGCCGAAGCGCCCUCCCGCCGCUCCUCCGGCCCCGGCCCCGCCCGGCCCAGACGCCGAGCGCCGGCAGCCCCUCACCGCAGCAGGCCCCCACCUGGAGCUGCGGGCCGACACCUGGGCCGCGCGCGGGCGGGCGGGCUGGCAGCGGUCCCGCUCCCGCCCUGCGCCGGCGUCACGUCUGACGUCAGCGGCUCUGGCUUUGACGACGCUGGCGCUGCCGCGCGUCGGUUGGAACGGUUGGUGCAGUGUCGAGCGGCUUAGGGCGUGCGAGGUCCAGCGGGCCGCCUGGUGUAGGGUGGCGGAGCCCGGCGGCAGCGGCUGCUGCGGCUGGCAGAGCUGGUGCCCGCCUCUUCUGCUUUGCUCCUCCCCUGGCCGAGCCGGGCGGGGCGACCGGCGGGAGUCCCGCCUCGACGGCCACCUUUUCCCGGGUGUCGGCCGGUUCCGGGGCGGCGACCCGCCUGCGGCUGCACUUCGCGAACCUCCCUACCCCUCCCUUCUCUCUGCGCUGGGCUUCUCCAGCUGA